AUGUCUAGGCGAUUAAUCUCUAAUAAAUGUUUAGAUUUAACCCAAAUAUUGAAUUACAGUUUAAUCGUUGAAGUUGGAGGAAAUAUUGGUCUGGACAGCAAAGAAUAUAUUCGCCUCUACAAUUCAUCAUUGAUCAUUUUUGAACCACUAAUGCCAUUGUAUAAAAGAUUAAUACGUAAAUUUGGAAAUAGAUCAAGAACAAAAAUUUAUCCAUAUGGACUCGGUUCAUACGCACGUCAAUUAAAAAUUGAAAUGGCUGGUAGAAAUGCUGAUGCAACGAGUAUAUUCAAAACUAUUGCUAUUAAUCAAACGAAAACAUCAUAUUUUAAAACAAUAAAAAUUCUCAGUACAGUAGAUGUUAUUCGCAAUAUACUAGUUAAAUGGAAAACUAAAAUCGAUUUAUUAACAAUCAAUUGUGAAGGAUGCGAGUAUGAAAUAAUACCGUCAUUAAUAGAAAAUUCAUUAAUGACAAAGAUUAAAAAUUUACAAUUUGCAACACAUAUUGGCUUACUGAAAAAUGAAGAUCAAUGCAUCUAUUGUGUUGUACAACAAAAGUUACACAUAACACAUAAAUUAACAUAUCAGUAUAAAGCACUAUGGGAAAGUUGGACAAUAAAGAAACAUAUUUUGAGCUAA